AUGACUCGGCCAAGUUGCUCAAAUGCAAAUACUCAUCCUGCCAAAGUUCUACUCAAGGGUAAAACCAAGCACCGAACACCAGCUGAAAAGCAAGCCCAAGAUGCUGCAGCAGCAGCAAAAAACUGGGAAGAAGUAGCUAAAGUAGAGAAGGAACAUCAAGAAGGCAUCAAAUGCAUUGCUGCGAUGGAAGACUCACUAAAAAGAGACGAUCACAAUUAUGGCAAAGCUACCCCCCCUAUCGCCCACAGGCAGACAGAUCCACUUACAAGGCCAAGGGUUACUAUUCUGUUGCAACAGGUCAACGACGAUGAGGAUCCAGAGUCAGAUGAAGCUUUUCAGCCAUCUGAUGACUCAGAGUCCCGAAGCUCCGAGGGAGGCACUGGCGAUAAUAGCGAAGAUGAUGAGCCUGAGGAGCAUGACAGUAGUAGCGUCAAAGAAGAAGUCUGCAAGCCUCGGAAGGGUAAGAAAAGCACUGCAUCAAAAGAGAAAAAACGGGUCUUACGAGAAGAAAUCAUGAAGGCAAGGAAGACCACAGCAACAGCGGGAAUAACAGUCAGGAAGCGCAAGGGGACCGAAUCACAAGAAACUGACACAGCGGAACGCAGUGGUUCAUUGCAGACUAAACGUGUGAAGGGUGCACAUUCGAGUAACUUGCAAGCUGACUGGAAGAAAAUUGUUGGGUUGACAACAAAAUCGGUGAGGUACAGUUUGACUAGAGUUUCAGAUGAAGAACUCAUACCUGCAGCCUCGGAUACACUUUCCCGUUCAAUGUCUUGUGCAUCAUCUCGCAGCAGCAUGACCACACCAACAACUGAAGGAGAUGAAGAUGGAGAGUUUGCCCACGAUGAGACACCAGAGUCACUGGCUGUGACUUGCAAGAAGAAGGGCAGCAGCCCCAAACUGCCAAAGGAAAUCGGUGCCACGGGAACCAAGUCAGCGCGAGUCACUGCUAAUAUGGGCUUGACAUUGAUGCGAAAGGGAGCUGACGAUGCUGUUGUGGAAGAAAUCAAGCGCUCAGAUAAAUCAAAGCCACUCAAGAAGUUAAAGCUUGAAGACCUACCUUUUGUGGAUAAGAAGGACAAUGAGAUAUGGGCACAAUUGAUCUGUGCACUGAUCGAUUGGGCUGGGACAACCACUGAUCCCUUUGGUACAAACGAACACCCAGAGGUCUCUAGCAAGCUGCAGAAAUUGUGGGAUCUUCUCUUCUCACACAAUAAGGUUGAUGUCACGAAGUGUCCUGCUAUCAAGAAAGUGGCAACAGACCGGCUGAAUGAGGGGCAGAGUAUGUUUGGGAAAAAUGCCAUCAAGAUUCUUGAACGUGAACUCAAAAAAGCAGAAUAUCGACUUGACACCAAUGCUCGUAUCAAAUUUGUCCAAGAUCGCCUGCCUCAAAAAAUAGAUGGUCAAAAACGCGUACCAUUCAUUUAUGCAGAUCAGGAGAGUCUGAAGCAAUUGUGGUUGGCUCCCAUGCUCCUGGAGUUACUUGCGGCACAUGUGAGGCAUUGUGGAACAUCAUUUCAAGCCUUUGGGAAACCUGCAGGUGCAUUGGGGGUUUGUGCGGCUGUGGUGCACCACGCACUGUUUUUGUACAAAGAUGGUGAUUCUGCAAAAGAAGCUGCAAAGGAGGUGAAGCGCACUGGUCUCCCUUCCCAGCCCACGAAAAAUGUUUCCUUCAAUGCAGCAUGGGGCAGUGUCGCUAUGCAGUACUCCCUCCAGACGGCUCAACUUUCUGAUAAAAAGUGGGAUCAGAUUGUGGAUGGCAUGUGGGAGCUGGUAGGUGAAGACUCUCUUGCCCAUCGUGCCCAUGUUACCUCGGAUGACGACUCCAUGGAUGUCCGUGAUGCUAUUCCCCUCUCGGAUGACGAUGAAGAGAAUCCUUAG